CGAACCCAGGAACUAUGAGAUCACAACCUGAGCCAAAGUGGGAGGCUUAACUGACUGAGCCACCCAGAUGCCCCUCAUCUCCCUUUUUAUACAUGAGGAAACGGAUUCAGAGAGAUUAUCAGUAACAUGCCCAAAGUCACAUAGCAAUGAAGUUUCAGAGUUCAGACUCCCCUUAUUAUGGUCUGUGAUCUUGAACAAAUGAUAACUGAAGUUGCCCAUUUGUAAAUGUAGGCAUUCUAUUUCUUAUGUAUAUUUAAUUGCAAACACAAAAAAUAUUGAAUACUAAAUUUGGAAGAAUGCUAAGAAAACAAUUCCACAAGAAGGCUGGAGUUGCACCAUCUGGUAAACGAAAGGCAUCAUUUGCUUAGGUCCUUGAAAAUCUGGAAUCCACUAUUUUCCUUGAAACUGCUUUAAGAAAGUCUUGAGGCUUUUUUGUCUAUAUGAGACAGGUGGAUUGUAAAUGCCAGCCACAAGUUUACUCAUUAUGAACCAUACAAUCAUCACAUUACUCCUUUAGCAGAUCUAUUUUUAAAUAUUCAGCGAAAAUUUAAGAAAAGAAAUGGUCUUUUUCCCUUUAAGAUUAACAGCCUAUGGCAACCAACCAUUCUGUGUAGGUCCCCUACUCUCCCCACACUGCCCUGUCUUCCUAUACAAGUUUAUGUGCCUCCACAGCUUCAAAUACUAUCUAAAGGCUGAUAAUUCUGAAAUCCGUCUUCAACCCAGCCCCAGUUACAGAACAGUCUUCCAACCUGUGCUUGCUGGGCAUCUGCACUUGGAUGGCCCAGACUGAAUCCAUCUCUUUUCCCUUAGAUCUAUUCCACCUCUAUUCCCUAGCUCAGUAAAGACACCACCAUCACCCAUUCGCUCAUAGUAGAGUGUUGGGUUUCAUUUUCUUGACUCUUUCCCAUCCCUCUGCCUCUUGGCCACUCUUCCACUAAGUCUUACUUCCUAAGCGUCUCUGGUACCUGCCUCCUUCCCUUUUGUUUUCAUUGCUGGUGUCUCGGCCGCUGUCUUCGCGCACUUGGGCCACAGCUGCUAUCUCACAGUUGCUCUCUCAGCUUCCAGUCUCAGGCUGUCCAUUCCUCAAAGGACACUGGCAUUCAAAUCUUUUUGUGUCCUUCUUGCUGUUAAAAUCCAUUCGGUGGUUUGCCCAUCAUCCUCUGGAUAGAUACAGGUUUCUUAAUAGGACUUAACAGCCUUGCUUCUCAAAACGUGUGAUCAGCAGCAACAUUAGUAUCACCUGGGCACUUGAAGCAACUGCUCUAGAAUAUCAGGCCCCAUGCCAGACCUGCUGGAUCAGAGUCUGCAUUUUAACAAAAUUCCCAGGCAAUUACUAGGGACAUUAAAGUUUGAGAAGCACAGAUUUCGGAGACUGUUCUUUGAUCUCCCUUCCUACCCUCCAACUCUGUAGCCUUUCAUCUCAAAACUCAUCUCCUUAAGCAUUCACCUACCAACUGAUUGGAGCUCUUGAGAACACCAUGCUCAGUGUUGCCUCUGAACCUUUGCAGGUGUUCUUUUCUCUGCCUAGAAUACUCUUCCUAACCCCCAACUUGUUCACAUUACUAGCUUUUACUAAUCUUUUAUGUCCUCAUUGAGUUCUCUCUUCCUGCAUGAAAACUUUCUGAAUCCUUCCCAAGUAGAGGAGGUACCCCUUUUGUGUGCUUCCCCUCCAGCCUGCACUUAGGCUUGUUGUAACACAUACGACUGUAUUUCAGAUGCGUAUUUACAGGCGAAAUCCCAUACUGGGCUGUGUGCUCUUUGAGGGCAGGGAUUCUGUUUCAUAUUCCACCGUAUCCCUCAUAACUAUGUUAGUAGAUAAAGGCAUAUGGGUUGUAUGUCCUCAGACAUUUGAGAGUCACAGUUGAAAUUCAUUCCAUAUCCCUUUUCUUUCUUCCACAGUGGAGAAAUGGACAUCAGCACUUUGGUACCACUUUUGAAGGGUUCUCAACACCUAGUUUGAACUCAGAAGGAAAUUAGUUGGAUUUACUAUUUAGCAGGUGAAGGUACAAGUAAGAAGCUGGCGAAACAUAGAGCUGCAGAGGCUGCCAUAAACAUUUUGAAAGCCAAUGCAAGUAUUUGGUGAGCUAAAUUUCUUUGUAUUCUGCAGCUCAAAAAUAUCAUGGCUGAGCUUUGCAGUUCCUGACCCCUUAAUGCCCGACCCUUCUAAGCAACCAAAGAACCAGCUUAAUCCUAUUGGUUCAUUACAGGAAUUGGCUAUUCAUCAUGGCUGGAGACUUCCUGAAUAUACCCUUUCCCAAGAGGGAGGACCUGCUCACAAGAGAGAAUAUACCACAAUUUGCAGGCUCGAGUCAUUUAUGGAAACUGGAAAGGGGGCAUCAAAAAAACAAGCCAAGAGAAACGCUGCUGAGAAGUUUCUUGCCAAAUUCAGUAAUAUUUCUCCGGAGAACCACAUUUCUUUAACAAAUGUAGUAGGACAUUCUUUAGGAUGUACUUGGCAUUCCUUGAGGAAUUCUCCUGGUGAAAAGAUCAACUUACUGAAAAGAAGCCUCCUCAGUAUUCCAAAUACAGAUUACAUCCAGCUGCUUAGUGAAAUCGCCAAGGAACAAGGUUUUAAUAUAACAUAUUUGGAUAUAGAAGAGCUGAGUGCCAAUGGACAGUAUCAGUGUCUCGCUGAACUAUCCACCAGUCCCAUCACAGUCUGUCAUGGCUCCGGGAUCUCCUGUGGCAAUGCCCAGAGUGACGCAGCUCACAAUGCUUUACAGUAUUUAAAGAUAAUAGCAGAAAGAAAGUAAGCCCGAAGCAACUUAGAAACCCCUCCGUAGCACAUAAGAAGUCCCCCUUUCACCCCUUCCCAAGUAAAAUGUUUACUAUGUUUGAGUUUGUGUGUCAUUUCUAAAUCUCUUCAUAGAGUCCAUCAACACCCCAGAUUUAAUUAUCUCCUGGUAGUUAUUAAGCUCUUUUUAAUGGCUUCAACUUUGUAUUGGUAUAUUGUAUUUAUAAACUUUGUACCAUAGGCAGAGUGUAGCACCCAUUUUACAAUGCCAUGUACAUAGAAGGAAGAAAUUGCAUGUUUGUUGUUGAUGACCAUGAUGAAGAUGAUGAAGACUAAAACUACUGCUAGCAACAGUCUUUCUUACUGGUGCUUAACCUCUUCUUUGCGCAAGGCUUUGUAAAGGGAAUUCGAAGGAAGCCCCUUAGAACUACAAGUGUUGAGGAGCGCACUAUCAGGCCUCUGUUGAAUGUGAGUGUUGAAUUUCAGGGAACAUGAUUGGUCUGCUGUUCAUUUGAAUCCAUGUAAUAAAAAGCUGUUGUUAUAACAGAUUCCGUUUGUUUUAUUAAAGUGUUACUGACCUGA